GACAACAUCAACAAAAACAACUGCAAGGUUUCUUUCGAUCAGGCUACAAAAUAAAACGACAUGACGUUGAAAUCAAAGAGUAUCGAAGCUGCAACUUCCGCUAAUGCGGCUAUGACUCGCUCACUCAAAGUCGUUUUCGACUUAUCCUGUGCCACCCUGGUAUUUUCCGUUGUUAUUUUUACUUUGACUUUAGCAGGCUUGUUUUUUAAGCCCGUUACCGUCUUCACUGUUGGAACACUACUAUUUUUCCAUGGCUUUUGGGUUUCAGUACCGAUGUUUAUUACCAGCGUUUUGGGCAUGUGUGGAUAUGAAAAAGGUGUUUACAAACAUUGCCCGGCAACAGCUCAUUUAGUCUUUGCCAUCAUAACUGCUAUUGCAGUUCUUGCUGGUUUGGCCAUUUUAGUCAUGAAUUUGGUGGGAAUGACUUUUUACGUCGUUCAGAUUCUGGAACACCAGGAAACUAAUGCACAUCGUCUCCCUUCAGUGCUAAUCAAUGUUGCCUAUGCUGGCACCAUUUCAGCUACGUUGGUUUACAUCUUUUUCUUCUAUGCUUGCAUUCAUGGCGCUGUGAUGUAUUGCAGAGCACCGCGAAACCUUGUCGUAUACAAUGUUUUGACAAUGCCGGCUCCCUUAAUACAGGAUAACGUAAAACCGGCCUAUCAUAAAAGCAAGUAUGGGUUGUCAGAAAUUGAUCCUCAACAAUUACAGCUAGACAUGCUAUGGAAUCGCUUCAAUAAUGAAUUGUAACUUUGUGGAACAAGACACCAAAAAUCAAUUACUUGGAGAAUCUGCAGGCUAUAUUGCCUCCAUAAGAUUUUCUCAUUACGUAGUUGAAGAUACAGUUAGUGAAAUAGAAUACCAAUUUACUAUCUUAAUUCAGUAGUGUUAUUCUGAAUAACGUGUCCUCAAAUAGAUCUAUUGUUAACUACUCGUAGGCUAAUAAACUAAAUCACUCUAUUGCCUUAUCAAUUAAGGCAGAUUUAUAUUAAAUGUCAUACUCAUAAAAAUCCUAUCCUUUUGUGUUAUCGAAAUAAAUUACUG